AUGUCAGUGAUGGCAACCAAUGACUCCAGCUUCGAAUGUAUAUGUUCAGAUUUGCAAAAAGACGAGUAUUCCCCCUUCUAUGCUUGGUUUAACUAUAUUGUCAUCAUUUGCCUGUUACCAUGGCUGUCGAUAUUUGGUUUGUUGACGAAUAUCUGCAAUGUGUACAUAUUUAGCAGGAAACGGUAAGGUUCAAUGUUAUAUUGUACUGGGAGGAUUUUAGAGAAAAAAUUCAUUUUUAAAUACUUUUCGUAUUUUACAUUAUUUUUACAGAAUGCGCAACUCUGCCAACACGUAUCUCUUCUUCUUGGCUUGCUCAGACUUUUUGGUCAUUCUCACUGGUUUGUUCAUAUUCUGGAUCGACUCGGCUCGAACCUACAUUCAGGAGCUUUCACAAGCACCCUACACUACAGUAUACGCACUACCGUUUGGCUAUAUGGCUCAAACCAGCUCGGUUUACUUUACUGUGGCGGCGGCUGUGGAUUGUUAUGUUUCGGUGGGUUGGGAUUAGGUUUUAGGCUUAAAAUGGGUUUUAUGGUUGAAAAAAUAAAUUUCAGGUUUUUAAAAUAAUUUAUGACUUAAAAGUUGUCGUUACGUUUAAGAUUAGGCUAGAGUUUAGGCUAAAAAAAGGAAAUUAAAACAUAAAAAUAAAUUUUAGGUAUAAAAGCUAAACUUUAGGUUUUAAAAUUGACUUUAGGCUUAUAAAACGAAUUUUAGGCUUAAAUAGUUAACCCCAAACCUAAAAAUGUAUAUUAAGAUUAAACUUUAUGUUUAAUUAGUAAAGUUUAAGCAUAAAAAAUGAAUUUUAGGCUUAAAAAGAAAAUAAGCCUUAAAAAACAUUUUAGGUUAAAAAACAACAUAGUAUACUUAAAAAACCUUUUUUAGCCUUUGAAAUCUUCUAAAAAUUGUAAUUUCAGGUAUGUUGGAAGUCACGAACGCCGAAUUACUGCACAGUGCGAAGAGCUCGGCAGAUUUGUGGAGGCGUCGCGGCCUUAUCAAUCCUCUAUAACUCAAUGCGAUUUCCGCAGUUUAAUCUACGGAAGUGUGUGCCGGAUGGAAGCGAUGUGAGGUUUUAUAAUAAUUCAUAACAAGUUUUGAAAAUUGAUAAUUUUUGUAAAUUCAAGGCAUAAGAUAACAUUUUAAGCUUAAAACUGUAGAUCUGGUUAGGGUAGGGUAGGCCAGCUUCAAAUGUGAAUAAGCUGGUAAAUAACUCUUAAAAGAAAUUUUAAUUUCGAAAAUCAAUUUUAACUUUAAAAUUUCAGGAAUUUGUGAUUGAAAUCUGCCCAACCACGCUAUUCUACACGAUCAACACCAUCUACAACGUCUACAUGUACAUGGUCCUUAUGACCCUAAUGCCAUUCUUUUUCCUACUUGUACUCAACACUUUCAUCGUGGUAAAACAAAGUAUUGAGACUCAGAAGAUCAAGAAGAUCAGCCGUGUGUCAAUCAACAAUGGCAGAGCUUCAUCCCCUAUACUAUUUAAAAAUGGCAAUGAACCAAUGUCACCUAUACCUGUAGAUGAAGUUGAGGCCGAUGAUACGAUUACCAUGAUCAUGGUGGUCGUCCUCUUCCUUUGUUGUAACACUUUGGCAUUGAUUGUGAAUAUCAUCGAGACCUUCUUCGAGCCAGAUCAGACGAUAUUACACACGCUAUCGGAUGCCUCCAAUUUCUUGGUGGUACUUAAUAGUAGUGUCAAUUGUGUCAUUUACUAUGUGUUUAACAAGGAGUACCGAGAGUUGUUCCAGUAUCAUAUUCUGUCAAAGAUUGUGUGCUGUUCAAAGGAAGAAAGGCAACGACCGUCGCUUUACUUUGAAAAUACGAAAAAGAAGUCGGAGGCUAAUGGUUUGUACCCCAAUUACAUGAAGAUGGCCAAUCCUAGUGAGUUUGCAGAUUAAUAGACAACUAAAAUUUGAAUUUUAAGUUUAAAUUCUGUUUAGGUUUAACUUUUUUUUGCUUUUAUUUUGAAGCUUAGUAUAUCGUUUUUAAGCCUAAAAUAAUUUUUUUUAAACUUGAAAUUGCUUACUAAGCCUAAAAUUCAACCAACUAGCUUAAAAAUUGUAAUUUUAAGCUUAACAUUAUACUUUUAAGACUUAGAUUGAUUUUUACGAUUAAAAUUAAAAUUUAAAAUUGUGGUUUUAGCCCUAAAAUUUUUCACUAUUGUCAAAAAAUUGAAAGUGGCCAAGCUGAACCAAAAAAUGGGUUUUCCCGGCCCUUUUGGAGCCUAGUUUAAGCCUAAAAUAUUUUUCAUAAGCAUAAACCUUUAAAACUUAAAAUUACAAUUUACAAUUUCAGGCCCAAUCUGUAACCCAGCAUCGCCAGUCUGGCGUCCCUUGAACUGGCCUUCCGAGUUCUCUUCAAAUACGGCCGAUUGGCCGUCGGAGAGCACUUUACCAAACACUGAGUUCACAAGAAUACCACAAUCACCUUGUCCUUCGUUCGUGCCAUCAGUUAACAAUGACAUUCAGUUAAUGGACGAAGACGAAAGUGACAGUGGCUUGGGGGUAGAAGGCAGUCAUACGGUAGGAUUUUAUGUUUUUGUUAAGCCUAAAAAGCUUUUAAAAACUGUUUUUAUUUUUAAAGUUGAAGUUGAAAUUUUAAACCUUAAGUUCAUUUUAAGCCUAAAAUUAAGUUUAUAAGCCUAAAACACAUUCUUAAGCCUAAAACACAUUCUUAAGCCUAAAACACAUUUUUAAGCCUAAAACACAUUUUUAAGCCUAAAACACAUUUUAAACCUAAAAUUCAUUUUUAAGCCGAAAACACAUUUUUAAACCUAAAACUUAUUGUUUAAACCUAAAAUUCAUUUUUAAACUUAAACUCUAAUUUUUAAGCCUAAAAUUCAUUUUUUAUGUUUAAUUUUUUAAGCCUAACAAUAUUUAAUUUCAGAUAAUCCAAAACGAAGGACCCAAAAGCCUAGAAGUACGACUAGUCGGAGAAAAAGAAAAAGUAUUCAUCAAAUCCGCGGACGGAACGGAACAGAACGUUUCAGUCACGGCCUUAUAA